AUGCUCUGGAUCUUCUCCGCCGGUCUGGUGGCAUCCUUCCUCGGACUCUGCCUGGGACACAACACCGCGUUUGAAGGAUAUGACCUGUCCUUAUCGGGUUACCACUUAUGUACCCAAACAAAGACCGUGAACAGCAGCACAUUGAGGUCAUACACGGUCUCCUAUGAAGAGAGAAGGUCUUGUGGAGGCUGGCUACCCUGGAAGACGUGUCCAAAGACCCUCUAUAAAACAGUCUACGAGACUGUGGUCGUCCCGGUCACAACGAACACCACCAAAUGCUGUGACGGGUUCGAACAAGUCGGCAGCUAUUGUGCUUUACCUUUGAACAAGAGUGCAGUGUUCACUGCCAGGCCCGGCGCUUGCCCAGAGGAAGCCACGACACUUUAUAGUCGAUGCGAAUGGGACACGGAUUGCUCUGAUGGUCAGAAGUGCUGCUUCAUCGGAGGCGAGUCUUGCUGCACAGACGCAAAGGCUGAAGGUGGAGAGAGAGGCUGGUGGCUGAACAUGACCGUUGUCGUGAAGACAAAUUACACAAUCCUGAAAACUUUGCCCAAAGGCAUCCUGAACCACACGCGGCUUUUACAUGCAAUGGUGACUGGAGCGAUGGGGUCUUCGGACACGUCCGUGUACCAUGUCAGCACCCGUCCGUCUGGUGCGUUCAGGACCAGCAGUGACCUCCUGAUUGGCUCGUCCCAGCCCCUCCCCCUGCAGAUCACCACUUCCAAGCUCAACCUCCUAUUGAAGCACAUAGAGGAGGUGUCUCACGUCGAAGUACAAGAUGUGGAUGAGUGCACACGUUCUGAGCUGAACAACUGCCCACCAAACGCCAAAUGCUUCAACACCGAGGGGUCUUACAACUGCACCUGCCUCCCAGGUUUUGUAGACCUGCGCCCCAAUGUCACCGGGCAGUACUGUCAGGAUGUGGAUGAGUGCACACGUUCUGAGCUGAACAACUGCCCACCAAACGCCGAAUGCGUCAACACCGAGGGGUCUUACAACUGCACCUGCCUCCCAGGUUUUGUAGACCUGCGUCCCAACGUCACCAGCCAAUACUGUCAGGAUGUGGAUGAGUGCACACGUUCUGAGCUGAACAACUGCCCACCAAACGCCGAAUGCUUCAACACCAAGGGGUCUUACAACUGCUCCUGCCUCCAAGGUUUUGUAGACCUGCGCCCCAAUGUAACCAGCCAAUACUGUCAGGGUGGAGAGACCAGCACCUCGGCUGACAGUGAACGGGAACAGAACUCCACAGCCAAUGGGGCUAACGAUGGUGUCACAAGCACAGUUUGGACCAGCGUGUCUGCUACCCCAGUAACGCCUCUUGUCUCGGCCGUGCAGACUCUGACAGCAAAGGCUCGCUUGAAAAUGUCGUUCAAACAAGCCUACCAGAACACCAGCAGCCAGGAGUACCGCAACCUCUCUGCAACCAUCAUGAGAGAGGUCGUAGCGCAGGUGCCCGAAGACAUCCAGGAACUGGUGGAUUCGGGCGUCGUGAGGAUCGUGAUCACGGGAUUUUCUCCCGGAAGCGUGUUGGUGCACUUUGUCCUGGUGUUUCACCAGAACGUGUCCCAGGGGCCCGUGACUGUGUCUCAGGCCUUCAUGGUCUCCCUGCAGAACAGCACUGUCUACGCCGUGGACAACAGCACUAUCGGGGACUAUGAUGAGUGUGACAAAAAGGAGGAUGACUGCUCCUCCAAUGCAAACUGCACUAACACCUGGGCAUCCUACACCUGUGUGUGCUUAGAGGGGUUCACAGAUGCAGACCCCGAAAGGCCAGGACGAACGUGCACAGUGGGAACGGACAGCACUGGGGCCCCAGUGUCCAGUGCACCGCCCAUCUCCACAACCACCUACAGCAGUACCACCAGCACCACCUCCACAACCGGCAACACCUUCACAACCGGCACCGCCUCCAGAACCAGCACCGCCUCCACAACCAGCACCCCCUCCACAACCAGCACCGCCUCUACAACCAGCACCACGAGGAUCUCACCGACAAGCACCGUCUCCACCACGCCUGGCACCAUCACUGUUGGGGCGGGGGACAUGAGCCUGGAGUGUAGAGGCAACGAGUUCCGCAUCACCGUGGCAAAGAAGUUUCUGACAAGCAAGUUCAUCGCGGAAAGCUCUCUGUACCUGGGAGAGCCAGAAUGCGGCGUCACCGACAACACCGAAACCCACGUCCUGCUAACGGCCAGCUGGGCCAAGUGUGGCACCGCGGUGGAUCAUAACAACACCCACAACAGCGUGAAGAUAACUUUGUUUAGUAACGGGACCUCGCCCCCGCUCGCCGCUAAUGCGCGGCUCGAGGUUCCAGUCGUGUGCAGCUACGAGAGAAAUGUCGUCAUCUCAGCAGGAUAUCCUCCUUCAGGCUAUUACUUGAUCAAAGACUUGAUUGAGGGAUCCGGAACCUUCCAAGUGACUGUCCAGCUGCUGAACGGCACUUCCCCUCUUCCCGAAAACUACACACUGUCCCGCAACCAGGAGGUCGUGGUCGAGGUGGCCAUCAAUUCCUCAAUGGAGCAAAUCAAGCUCAUCGUUGAGGAGUGCUGGGCUACCCCUUCCCGCAGCCCUUUGGACUCAACUCAACGCAGCUAUUACCUGCAAAACAGUUGUCCAGGCUCUAACAACUACACCAGGGUCCUAGAGAAUGGGAACUCCAGCACAUCUCGUUUGGCCAUUCGCAUUUUCACCUUUGUCGAGCAGAACAUGAUCUUCCUGCACUGUAAAGUACAGAUCUGCUUCGAGACCCCAGAAACUACCUGCAGAACGGACUGCAGUGCCAGAAAUAAGCAGAGUAAGGACAGAUCGAGAAACAUAAUUGGAAGCCAGAAUACCUUGUAUGGACCCAUUUAUAAAUCAAAUUGGACAGACGAAGACAUAAUGCACUCAUUUCAGGAGGUGAUCUUCAUCAUCAUCGGAGUGGGGGUGGUUGCUUUGAUCAUCGGAAUUCUGUCUAUUGUCUGCUACCGCAAACGACGGGUUGGACACUACAAUUUCAACUUCAACUUCAACAAGCCCAAGCAAGAGAACUUCACCUAUAGCGUGUUUAGCACAUAGUUCCCACAUUUUUAUCAGAUUUCACUGUUGUGUAAUUCAGCUAUCUUAACUCCUAUGUACAUACAUCACAUGUAUAUUUAAUAGUAAAAAUGCUUUAGUGAAGUCUCUGUAUUAUCCAAUUCUAUUAUAUUAAAAAGUGAAUGUGAGUGCGUAUUGAUGCAUGCACACAUUGCUAUAUACUAUACGCACAGGCAAUUCCUAGCUAUAUUGAUUAUAUAUAAUGUAACUUGGUUAUAGUGUUUUAGCUGAAACUAUGGAAAAAUAUUUUCACAAAUUUGCACAAAUAUUGUAUUUUUUUCUGUCAAUACUUUUUUCUAAUUAAUUGAUAAGCUGUUGAAACUAGUAAUGAAGAAUAGUAGUGAAAUUUACCAAUGUGAAAUUACAGCUUGUUUGUUUAUUAUGUUAUUAUGUAACGCAUGCUCUCAACAAAGACAGCAUAAUGUGAACAACUUUUGAAGCCAUUUUGUAAAUUGUAUAGUACUACAGAACUCAAACUCCCUCAGUUUUGAAAACUAUUGCAUGCUAUCAGCCAUGAAACUGUAUUAUCAAAUUCAAAAUAAACUUAUGCCUGAAACAGUCUGCAUUCUUCUACCCACUCUCUCAUCUAAUAGGAAUCACGACUUACCAGAUCCAUAACCCAGCAAAAUAACCCAAUCCCAAGUUUGAAAAACAAUUAUGGCAAAAAAAUCAUUCUUCAAUCAGAACACUCCCAUCUGGAGCUCCCUCCCAUUAUCCCUCAGAACAUCUACAUUCAUACAUACUUUCAAGUAUUUGUUAAAAUAUUCACAUCUCCUGCUCAAUCACUAGUCAACUGUCCCUCUAUCAGUUCAAAUAAUAUACAUAUAUUAUGUCCUUUUCUCUAUAUUGUCUUUGUCCUUUUCAAUAUAUGCUUUCUCUCAUCUUACUCCUCUCUCCCUUUUAUUAUUUGACUAUAACUUUCAUUUCCUUUUCUUAUUUCAUUCCUUGUUCCUAAUUCACAUCCUCCUUUUCUUCACUCUGCAGGCGGGAACCCACUGAAAAACAGAUUGUCUGAGGUGGACCUAAGACUGUGUUUGUUCUUUUAAGCGUUGUUUUUGUGAAAUAAAUAAAUAAAUAUAAGCCAG